AUGGAACUCUGUCGAUAUUUGCACACGAAAUGGCGUACCCUCGCCCUGCUGCUACUUAUCCUGUACCUGUACAACCGCGACACUUGCAACUGGAGCGAGUUUCCCGGUCCCGAGGCGCCAGACGCCCCCUCAGAGUCGAGCGUUUACUUCGUCAACACCUCGCGCUGUCGCAUGUCGGCCAUGGAUGCCGUCUCGCCCAAGGCCCUCUCCUUUGUGCAACGUUUGGGGCCCUUCGAGUGCCCCAGGGUGCAGCUGCUGCGUGCCGCCACCAUCAAAGGGCACAACUACCUGAUCAGGGACCUCCUGGAGCAGGAUCUGUGGCAGUGCUGCGCCGUGCGACGACUCCGGGAUAUCUUCUGUGCCUAUCAGCAGGUGCAGUACUGCACGGAUUUUCGCACCCACGUCCUGGGCAGACACGCCUUCGCUUUGGAUCCUAGAUCGGAGUACACGCGGGUCCCGGAUGGCCUCCAGAUGUUGCGGGUCUACUGCUGGGUGGACUUUGGGCGUGUCAUCUUCCACGAUGUCCUGCUGUUUGUGCCUCCCCCUCCCACCAUCAUUGCAGAGAGAAAGCCCAAGGAUCUUCCCUCGGAACGCCUUUCGGUACUGGUCCUGGGCAUCGACUCCCUGUCGCACCUGCACUACCGCAGAUCCUUUCCCCAUGUGGCAGCGUACAUCCGCCAUCUGCCGCACACCGAAUUGUGGGGCUACAACCGCGUGGGCGACAAUUCCUACCCCAAUAUCGUGCCCCUCCUCUCGGGGCUCUCGGCCCAGGAGCUGGAGAGGCGCUGCCUAAGGGGCAGGAGGAACUACAACGGGUGCCGCUUCCUGUGGAACGAAUUCCACGACGCGGGCUACAUGACGGCCUUCGGGGAGGACACCGCCAAGGGGGGCACCUUCACGUACAGGAAGCGGGGCUUCGAGCAGCAGCCCACGGACUUCUAUCUGCGGCCCCUGCUGCAGGAGAUGCGUCUGCACACGACCUAUGCGGCGCGCAGCGACUUUGAUGUAAAGUGCACGGCGGGGAGGCGCUACGAGGAGGUGCUCUUCGACUUUGUGCAACGCCUGAUGCCGCACAUGCAGCAGCGCGACUUCUUCGCUUUCGUGUGGCAGACGCAGGGCGUCCACGACUACUUCAAUUACGCAAGGAUCGCGGAUCAGGACUAUGUGCAGCUGCUGCAGCAGCUCCACGAGAGCCGCAUCCUGGACAAAACUCUCGUCCUGCUGCUCUCGGAUCACGGCCUGCGCUUCGACCCCUUCGCCGCGACGUUCCAGGGCAUGCAGGAGGCCUCCCAGCCGCUGGGCAUUGCCCUGUAUCCACCAUGGCUGCGCCGGCACUUCCCCCUGGCAUUGAGGAACCUCCAGCGGAAUGCCCACCGCCUCGUCACGACCUUCGACCUGCACGAGACUCUCAAGGAUGUGAUGGAUCUUAGGGGACGCCUCAGCGACGCCAGCAUUUGGAGUCGAUCGCACCGCUUGGGCAACCCCCGAGGCGUGUCGCUCUUCCUGCCCAUCCCCGAGCAGCGCGACUGCCGUUCGGCUCACAUCCCGGAUCACUACUGCCUCUGCCACACCCUCAAGCAGAUACCCACGGACGCGCCCACCGUGCAACGGAUCGCGGGGUUCAUCGUCUCGCACAUCAAUCGGCUGCUGCUUUCGCAUCCCCAGUGUCGGCCAUUGUCGCUGGAAGAGAUCGAAAGGGCCUACAUGAGGAGGGAUCAUGGUGCGGAAGGGGGGUCCAAGGAUCAGGCGACCAUCACGGUCCUUGUGGUAACGGAACCCGGCAACGGGCACUUUGCGGGCACUGCUCUGGCCUCCAAUGUGACUUCGCUGCACGGACGCAUCACCCGUUCGGAUGCCUAUGGGGCACAGGCCUAUUGCAUUCGCGAUGCUCGCCUUGAAAUGUACUGCUAUUGUGGAUGA